ACAAAGCUGUGGAACAUUGGCGGGCACGCUCCGAUAUUCUCGCAUCGGCUUUAAACUCGUGCUUUCCGGCUGCGUCGCACGACUCGAAAAGAAGUCGGACAGGCCACAUGGGCCGCUUUUGUCGCCGAGUGUUAUCGGCGGCCGAUCGACCGGAGUAGUGGCGAGGUGAUUACGCCGCGCGAUGCCGAUUUAAAAGGACGCAUUCGCUGUACCGCGCGCUUCAUUCCCGAGUGUUCCUGAGGAUGUCACGUUUCAAGACGCGCAACGCCGAAGCAUCGUUGAAUUGACGUAUCGACAGGUGCAAUCGAAUUGACACCGUCGCGGUGCCACGCCACGUGUAUCCCCGAGUUCCCUUACGACACCUCAGUGAAGAACUAUUCACAAUGAAGCGCUGCAUCCUAUUACUUUGCAUCGUAGCGGUUCUUCGAGAUUCCGAAGCGCUACGUAAAGGAUCCACGGAUUAUGAAGAUAUGUCCUUCUGGCUCAAAUCCGGCCAAGAGACCCUGCACAGGAUCCUGACGGAGCCGAAGAACGAGAAUCGUGCCAAAAACGUGAUCAUCUUUAUCGGGGACGGUAUGGGCCUGUCCACCAUCACGUCCGGUCGAAUCUAUGUGGGUCAGCUCAACGGUUACAGCGGUGAAGAAUACCAACUCUCAUUCGAGAAGUUCCCCAACGCCGCCCUCGCCAAGACUUACAAUGUAGACAAACAAGUACCGGAUUCCGCGGGAACGGCCACUGCUAUAUUUUCUGGAGUGAAAACCAAAUAUCGGCUUAUUGGAUUGGACGCCAGAGCCGAAUAUAGCAAGUGUGAUAAAAAAAUCAACGAAUUAAGCAAAGUGAGCACGGUAGCCGAUUGGGCGCAACAAUCCGGCAAGGACACUGGAUUUGUUACCACCACCCGUAUCACCCAUGCCACUCCCGCGGGACUUUACGCGCACGUUAAUCAUCGAGAUUGGGAGUGUGAUAGCGAUGUACCGAAGAAUCAACGAUUUUGUAUCAAAGAUAUUGCGGCACAGCUCGUUGAAGAUGAACCAGGGAAUCAUUUUAAGGUUAUCAUGGGUGGCGGAGGAGAACAAAUGGGCACGGACAUGAAGAUGAUAAAACCUGAUUCCAAUUCCUGCACGAGAUCUGAUGGCAGAAACUUGAUAAAAGAAUGGCAAGUGCUUCACCCUGAAGGAAAAGCCGUCACCAACAUACAUGACCUCAUGUCCAUCGAUAUAAGCAACACAUCGCAUAUCCUCGGUGUUUUCUCGGCUAGUCACAUGCCCUACCACGCUGUGAAGAGCCCCGAGACACCCUCGCUAACGAAUAUGACAACGCAAGCCAUAAGAAUGCUGAAGAAGAACAAAAAUGGAUUUUUCCUAAUGGUUGAGAGUGGCAAAAUCGAUAUAGCCCACCACGGCAACUGGGCGCAACUGGCAUUGCGCGAGUUAUACGAACUCGACGAGGCAGUCAAGGCGGCUACGCGGCUAUUAAAUAUGGAAGAAACUUUAAUUAUCGUCACAGCCGAUCACUCGCAUUCGUUCACGCUGAACGGAUAUCCGGAGAGGGGCAACGACAUUCUCGGUUUCGGCAACAAGAAACUUAGCCAGGAACCCUACGAGACUCUCUCUUACGCUAACGGACCGGGAUUCUUCUAUCAUCGAAGAAACGAUAGCAACAACGUUAAUGAGACCUGGAGAAGACUCGAUAACGAUACGACUCGCAACGAACCCUUCUACAGACACUUCGCUGGCAAAUAUCUCAAGGAUGAGUCUCACGGCGGAGAAGACGUCGGGGUUUAUGCCAUUGGCCCCUAUUCACACUUGUUCCGAGGUACUUUUGAGCAGAAUUACAUUGCUCACGCCGUGGCGUAUGCGGCAUGCCUUAAAAACUGGCCGUCUCAUUGCGACGAGGCUUACCAUCGUUACUUUUAUGACGUCAAUAGGGCACCACCGAACAGCAGGACAAAUUUAGCCGGACAAAACACCGUGUCGCUUGCGAUAAUAAUAACUUCCCUGUUUACGCUGAUCUUUAUAUGGUUGUGAUAAGUGUAACUGCAUUUUCUUUUUGUAGCCAAAUAAACAAUAAUGCGCCGCGAGAAUUCGCGUCUCGAGUAAUUGGUAUCAAUGCAAAUAAUAUUUAUUGAACACAUAUCGUUCCCUUGUGCUUUUACUGAGAAAAAUUCCAACUGCAAAUCUUCUGAUAUACGGUGUAACGCGAUAAGAUUUCUUUUGCGGUGCACAUCUACGAUCUUUGUAAUAGACUAAAUAAGUUGUGAUCGCAAAUAUCGUAUACGAUUUUUUUCUAUAAUCUCAUUACUCAUUAUAUUUCCUAUAGAUGUAAUUACAUUUUGAUGAUAUAUUACUGUUUAUAAUUUUAUUUAUUGUAAUAAUUGAAGAAAUUAGGCUCGUAAGAAUAAAUAUAUUGAAGUGGAUCCUACGCGAGCUGACACAGGUGUGUGUGUGUGUAUGUGCGUGGCGAGAUAUUGUAACAACAAAAAAUUAAUACAUGCCAACACCCGUGUCGGCUCGCACAAGCUUUACUUCAAUAUAUUUAUUUAUUGUGAUGUUUAGAGCUCAACAAAUAAUCGUGAUUAUAGGUCGCGGGUUUUGUAUGAACUCGAGUAACACAAUGUUUUUUUUAAUUAUUGCAACAAUGACGAAUUUAUUUUAAAACAUGGAGAAAUUUGGACGGCAUUAUUUAAAACACAGGUUUGCAGGAUUUUCGAAAUGAUGACAGGUGCUGAUAAGAAAAGAUGCUCAUAACCGUAUGUCUUCGUAAUGCAAUACAUUGCCAUGUUUCGAACAAAGAUAACAUCGCCAUUGAAUGAUCGCGAAUAAAAUUCUAAUACUUUUCAGUGAGAUAUUAAAAAAUGUACAACGUUUAAAAUAAGUAAGCUACUAUAACAUAAAGAAUCGUCCUUCGAAAUAUAAGAUAUAAUAAGAGAUAUAAUAAGAGAAAUAGAAUAGUUUUUUAUGUACUUUAACUCGUUACUUAUCAAAAUAAAUAUAAACCUAUGUAUAUAAUAGCGCAUUGUAUUAAUAUACAUUGUUACAAACUGAUAAAACAAUUUCUGGUCUAGAUGCCUUAAUCAUGCAAUUAUACGUAAAUUAUAAUAUUAUUAUGGAUGGAAUAAAGUUCCUCAUUAUAUUGUUUGUUAAAUUUUAUGUCGUAAUAAUUACGUAAGCGCGACAAUAAAUCAUUUAAUAGACUUUAAGUUACUACUAACUCGAUUAGAUUUUCAUGUUAAUAAUUCGAUCCUGUUUGAAAUAAAGACUGCAAUAUGAUAACGAAAAA